AAGGCGGCUCAGUUCAACCGAUACUCCUAUUGAUCAACUGUGUACCUAGGUAGGUACCUUACCUGGGUACACACAUGACGGAUGUUUUAAUAUUCGGUCAGCGAAACGAAGGCCCUAUAAAGACAUCAACCUCGGUACUCGACAUACCCGCUUCGACGUCCACUGUCAAUGUAUCCAUCUUGAAUACUAGUGGUACAAUCCGCGGUCUCAGCCCUUCCUUCUUCUUCGGGCCCAAAAUCGAAGGCCAUGAAUAUCUCGCGGGGCCUUGUUUUGCCUUCUUGAUUCAGCAUCCCGUUUCAAAACGGACUCUUGUGUUCGACCUCGGUAUUAGAAAGGACAUGGAAAAUCUGCCACCGACAACACGAGCAAAUUUCGAGUCCCUGGGUGUUACCGUAACAGUACCGAAGCACGUCCGUGAAAUACUUGAUGAGCAAGGAGUCGAUACUAAAAGUAUCGAAGCUGUAAUUUGGUCCCAUUCGCAUUUCGACCACACGGGAAACCCGUCCACGUUUGAUCCAAGCACUACGCUGAUCGUCGGUCCCGGAACUAAGAAGGCUGUCCUCCCAGGAUACCCAGCUGACCCGAACUCCCCAUACCUCCUCGAGUCCGACAUUGCGGGCCGCGAGGUGAAAGAGCUCGACUUUUCCAACUCUAAUAUAAAGAUUGGGAAAUUCUCAGCUAUCGACUAUUUUGGUGAUGGUUCAUUCUACUUCCUUGAUACUCCAGGACAUUGCAUCGGUCACAUUUGUGGCUUCGCACGCGUGACUAGCAACCCGGACAGUUUCAUCCUAAUGGGUGGAGACGGAGUGCACCACGACGGCGAGCUGCGACCUAGUCACUGGCACCCCUUGCCGGAUUCCAUCUCGCCGCACCCGUUCAGUCCCGUGAGUGCAGCGCCUUGUCCCGGCGAACUAUUCCAUAAAGUUCUUCGUGAAGGUAAAGAUGAGCCGUUCUACCUCCCAGCAGAGGGUCCAUAUCACGAAGAUACGUCACUAGCGAAAGAGACGAUCAAGGGUUUACAAGAGUUCGAUGCGCACGAGGACAUCUUUUUCGUCCCGGCUCAUGACCAGUUCUUGAUUGGCGUGAUAGACUUCUUCCCGAAGCCUGCUAAUAAUUUCUUGGAAAAGGACUGGGUAAAGAAAUCUCGAUGGUUAUUCCUGGCGGACUUCGCUAAAGCCGUGGGGCAUGAGGGUAAGAUAGAGAGUACUGGAGAUUAUACUCCGCUUCCCAAGAAUAGAUAAGGAGGAUUCGUCAAUAUCUCAUGGGAGAUUAUUCGAGUGUUCUAAGGUAUCGAUAUAAUAGCAGUAGCUUUAUUGACAGAACUACCCGCUUGUACAGACUUUGCAGACAUGGGGAGAUACGCUACCCCUUUAUAAAGUAUUCACGCAGCCACACCAAAUACGUGAUUAAUAAUGCGGAAAUUUAUAUACAUAGAUACGUAAGAUUAUUGUGGUUACAUAUGCUGUUGCACAACGGAAGGCUUGUAAAGAUGAGUUGAAAGUCUUUCGUAUAAAAUAUUUCGUUUAAAUGCCAAGUGUACCCAGGCGAGAAAAUAUUCAUACUUUAUCUGCACAUUUUG